ACCAGGCCUACCUUAUCCUAUCACAUGCUUGUUUUAUUUUCCAAAGUAACAUGAUUUCCUCAAUUAGAAUAAUCCUCUCUCUUGGUUCCUUUCUUCUAUUAUUCAUCUCUUCCACCACAGCAAAAACCUCAUUCAGACCAAAAGCACUUGUUCUACCUGUAACCAAAGACAUAUCUUCGUCUACACCCCAAUAUGUAACCCAAAUCAAGCAAAGAACACCACUCGUGACGGUGAACCUAACCGUGGAUCUCGGCGGCGGAUAUGUUUGGGUGAACUGCCAGCAUGGCUAUGUGUCAUCAACAUCGAAAUCAGUGGCUUGUGGAUCUGCUCAGUGCUCACUCUUUGGCUCAUCAUCAUGCAGUGGUGACAAAGUCAAAUUGUGUGGUGGAUUUCCAAGCAACACUGUCACUGGUGUUUCAACAUCUGGUGAUGUUCGUUCGGAUGUUGUUAGUGUUGAAUCCACCGAUGGAAACUCUGCAGGAAGAGCUGUUACUGUUCCAAAAUUUCUCUUCAUUUGUGGAUCAGAUGUUGUCCAAAAAGGCCUUCCUAAAGGUGUAACAGGUAUGGCUGGUUUUGGUAGGACCAAAGUGGCACUCCCUUCACAAUUUUCAUCUGCCUUCAGCUUCUCAAGAAAAUUUGCAAUUUGCUUGAGCUCCGGCACCAUAAACUCAAAGGGUGUAAUCAUCUUGGGUGAUGCACCAUACAACUUUGGUUACUUGAACAGUGAUCUUUCUAAAGCCCUCAAUUUCACCCCACUAAUCACAAACCCAGUAAGCACUGCUCCAAUUUCAUCCCUCGGGGAACCCUCGUACGAAUACUUCAUUGGUGUGAAAUCAAUUGUAAUUUCCGACAAGGAAGUGCCAUUGAACAAAUCCCUCUUGUCCAUAAACAAAAACGGUGUCGGUGGAACAAAGAUUAGUACUGUGAAUCCGUACGGCAUUCUAGAGACAUCUAUCUACAAGGCUGUUUCUAAGGCCUUUGUGAAAGCUGUUGGGGUCAAAACAGUUUCACCUGUGAGCCCAUUUGGGACAUGUUUUACACAACAUGAAAUUGGGUCCACUCCAAUGGGCCCAGCUGUGCCAGAUAUUAAGUUGGUGUUGCAGAAUGGUGUUGUGUGGGAUAUUAUUGGGGCAAACUCAAUGGUUCAGUUUAGUAAUAUUGAUGUGAUUUGCUUGGGCUUUGUGGAUGGUGGGUCAAAGCCCAAAUCUUCUCAAGUUGGGUUUGUUCCUAUGACUGGUGACCAGCCAACAACUUCAAUCACAAUUGGGGGCCUUCAAUUGGAGAACAACUUGAUACAGGUUGAUUUGGCAAGGUCAAGACUUGGGUUCAGAUCCAUCUUCUCUGAUCAUAGCAACUGUGCCAACUUUAACUUUACCUCUUCUGUUUAAAUUAGAGGGAUUGCUUAGUGUGGUCUUAUUAUUAUUAUUAUUAUUAUUAUUAUUAUUAUUAUUAUUAUUAUUAUUAUUAUUAUUAUCAAUAAUUAGUGCACAGAUUUUGUAGUAUAAGAUCUGUGUAUACAGUGCAUGUUAUGAUAAAUAAGUGAGGUUCGUUCUAAUGAUUAAGCUUAGCCUCCAAAAUUGUUACUUUUUUGUUUGGUUAUAAAUUAAAUAAGACCAGUAAUCAUCUUA